AUUUAGUACUGCGCCGACUCUCGAAGUAACGUCGUCUUCUUUUUUUUCCUCUGUCCUACGAGGUGUAUCUUGCUCGGCUGUGCGUCGUCCUUCGAUUCGGACACAUGACAACAGUCCGCGGGAGACGGUUUCCGCCGCUGAUCGUGAUCGAUACUCAGUGGAAAGAGGAUUCAGCUAGGAUACAGUUCAUUUAGUUUCCUGAAAUACAUUCAAGGAUUAGUCCACGUCGCGUGGACUACAUGGAGGAGAAAAUGGAGCCGUUGACACCCCCUCACACGCCGCCCACGUUGGACAGAUCGAUGCAACAGCAACAGCUACCGAUGACGUCGUCCAGGUGGAUGAGGUCCUCUCAGCAGCUAGCCGGGAGAUUCGUGCAACAACAACCAGCCACUGGCCAAAACGUUGGCUAUCAAGCUGCGUUCAUCGACAAUUGGCUGCGCGGAGCUGCACUCCUGGCUGUCAGGGGUUGUUGCCCCCAGACGACCGCCUCGCAUGCUUAUCAGCACCAGAGCCAUCAGGGACUGCAUCCCGCGUUUCCGGUACCGCCGCCGGCGUCGUUCCUCGCCAGGAGACUGCCGGGUCAGAGGCCUAAGAAGCAGUUCAUCUGCAAGUUCUGCAACAGACAGUUCACCAAGAGUUACAAUCUGCUGAUUCACGAGAGAACGCACACUGACGAACGACCGUAUUCUUGCGACAUCUGCGGAAAGGCGUUCCGCAGGCAGGAUCAUCUGCGUGAUCAUCGGUAUAUUCACAGUAAAGAGAAACCGUUCAAGUGUAGCGAGUGUGGAAAAGGAUUUUGUCAAAGCAGGACUCUAGCCGUGCACAAGAUUUUGCAUAUGGAAGAGUCUCCGCAUAAAUGUCCAGUUUGCGCCCGAAGCUUCAAUCAAAGAAGCAAUCUGAAAACUCACCUACUCACGCACACAGACGUGCCGCAGGACUUAAGAAUCGAGGUACCGGCGACAGCGGAGCCACGAAUCACCGCCCCCGCGACCGUCAAACAGAUGGCGGAUAGGGUGAGCGGCCUGACCCCCAUUCAGAGGACCAGUACGAGUGCUCCGAAACUUGGGUUCACUAUAGAAGACAUAAUGAGACGUUAAAUACUUUUUUUUUCUUAAUCCUCCGACGACCGUGCUUUAGGAGAUCCCGUGUAUACAUACAUACUUAUCAUUAAGGGGGAUUUACACAUGCUAGUAAAAAAUGUUUAGUUCGUAUGCCACUAAAUACAGCAGUGCUCGGUUAAAUUUGACAAUUUCAGAACGUAAAACAGAACGUGAACCGAACUAAGUUUUGCUGACUUGACGUAAAUUAAUGAAAUUAAAGCUUCAUUUCUUCCGAAUCGACAAAUCUAGACCGAUUUACGUCGUGUUCGGAGUGAUUUUAAUCGCAAGAAUCUCAAUAAGCUGGUACUACAUUUGAAAAGCUAAGACUGAAGCGACUGAAACUGAGAUUUUCAUCACUGUAUUCGUUUGCUGUUUUUGUUUACUGCGUUUAGAUUACACUGACAGCGCGAGCUCGAGACAGUGAGUGGUAGGGGAAAGUGGGGACGGUUCAAAAUGUAACCGAGAGGAUAGUUUAUAAUUUAACCGAGCGGAUUGUUUACAAUUUAACCGAGCAGCACUAUAGCAUGCUGCGUCGAAUGUACACAUUUGCUAGAGACGUGGUUUUGUUUACUGCUCGUACACUGCCGACAUUAGCACGCCAGAAAUUAAAUAUUGUCCUUUUUACAUCCUUUUUACAAGCUUCUUUGCAUAUAAACGCGCUAUUAGGUAUUUGAUAGCCCCAGGCAUGCUUUCAUUCAAGUUACUAGCAUCUGUAGUCUCGCCUUUAAUUGCCGGGAAGUUUGGUUAUGGGACGACAUAAACCUUACAUUGUAAGGGAAAGAAAGGUAGGUGUACCGUUGUGUUUUGUGUAAUGCAACGGAAUUUAGUAUGUUUAGUUUCGGAUAAUCUCAAGGUAGAACUGUAAACGAAACACUGGUCUUAGUUAGGACUUUUCGUCCGACCUAAUCGGUCCGACCAUUCAGACCUCCGUUGCUUUCAUAUGUCGUUUUUCCUGUAACAAACUAUACUUAAUUCAAGUCACAAGUGACUCCAACGCAGAUCCCGAUUCAGUUAGGAUUAGUUUAUAGAUUUUUAAUACAUUUAGAAAUGUGUACCAACCUGCGUGCUGCAUUAGUACAAUGGUUCUCAAUAUUCUCGCGUCAUAAACUUUCAAUUUUCUAGUGAUCGUACAAACGUCACUUGUGACCCGUUAUUUAGUGGUAGGGGAGCAUCUCGAGCGGCUAUAAUAAAAAAUUACUUUAACGUAAUUGCCUGGCACACGGUCGCCGGAGGAUUAACAUUUCUAUUUAUUUAACACUGAUCUAAACAAGGCACUAGGCAAAUUGCCGCGCAAUAAGAUUGCCAGUUGCAUUUUCUAAAGUAACUCCUACCAUUAAACGCGACUGCAGCACGCAGGUUUACAUCCUGCCGCGAGUCGCCUUGUAAAUAUGUUUGCGUCUACGUUAUUUGGCUCGAUUCCGUUCGCGACGAAAGAGAACACGAGAUUUAACCGCGCCUGUAUCCUCUCGUGAUCUGUAAAUAGCCGCGUACUUCUACUUAACUAUAAAUUCAUAAUCGUAUCGCCGAAAAGCUGCUCCAUGUUCCUUUCAUCUCGUCCGAGUAUCUUAGGGAAACGGACCGUUGGAUUCCCAAGAAUUCGUCUUGACAUUUAACGCUAGAACUACCGUGCCUAACACGAUUAACGCGUGACCUCUAAAAAAUUGAGAUUUAUAAACAAUUUCUUCGUAUUUCCAACACAGUAUGCAAGUGAAGCUAUUCCUAAAAUCAUUUCGUACAUUGAAGACUUUAAACACACCAAUAACCGCGGAAUAAGAAACUCCAGACCCUCCAUUUUGUCGGACACAGUGGUUCUAGCGUUAAAAUCAUUUUUUACCUUAACAACGUUCCGCUGCGCGCGUAAGUCUCAUAUUUCUCUCAGUUUGUAAUCGUUCAAUCGCCAAUAGCAGACUCGAACCAUGGUAGAUCGUAAAUUCGAUCACGAUUUUGCGUCGCAACGCGCUGCAACGCUAGCUCGUCCGAAGAGCUUGCGCGGGACAAAAAACGUUCGGGGUUGUGGAGGGUUGUGAGGUGCCCCGAACGAUAAGCCGAGGGAAUAGAAGACGGACUUCUCGGGGAGAACCGGACUAGAAGCAUUCUGGUCGCGGGACCGACCUGUGAAUAACGAGGCAUCGUUGUAUCUCCCGAGGCGUCAAAAUAAUUGGUCACUUCGGACGCAGACAACGAUCUGUGCCCAGGAAGCCGCAAGGUGUUUUCCGUUUAUCGGAACGUAAAUCGAGUUUCCUGGCCGUGUACGCGCGCCUCGUUUCUCUCGUCUCUACCGUAUUUUCCCCAGAAAAUUAGGAAUUCCUGAUCAGAUAAGGGGAAUAGGCGAGGGACACCUUCUGGUAGUUACCUUAGGCCCUCGCAGCUCCUGGACCGCUCGCCCCGCGCCAAUCACCAGUGACCUGUAAAUAGGCCCAAAGAUCUUUUUUCCUCUUCCACUGUUUAAAUCUAGAAAAGGUCUUAACGACAACGCAGACCACCCACGUCUUGUACAUACGCAUAGUUUAUACCAAACACCCGUGCAAGUUGCGUUUCGCCGUAUCGACCGGCGCGGGAUGUCGUGACCCGUUUGCUUCGUUGCUGGAGCAAGUCCCUGCGGGUUUCAAUAGUUCCAGAUUAUAGAUUUCGUGGUUGUAAAAAAGACUGUGCGUGAUAAGAGGUGCUUUUGAAAACUUCGGAGUACGGGAGAGUUGAUUGUUUAGGUCGAUUUUAUAGCCCUCUUGUGGGACUGCUUUUCUAGACAGUAUUUGAAGAUUUCUUUUCUUCGAAGUAGAAACGAAAAGUUUUAAGUGAUUCAUUGUUUCUUAAGUAUUUUAUUGACUUUGUAGUUAGAGAAAAUUAUUACAUGACACUGUCGCGCUUGUCAUGGAAAUUUUGUAUCGACUAGUGAUUUGAUCUUUUUGAAUUCAGUUUAGGUUAACGGUUCACAACGUUUAUUUUGGUCAUAGAAUGUAAAAUGUACCCGAUCGUCAGGAAUAAUUACCAUACAUUUUCAUAAAAAAUCUGUCAUCGUUGCAAUAUUUCUUUUUGCGUUCUUGUAUGGUGUUUUCGCUCGCUAUAUGCGAAGAUACACAUUCGUCUACCGAUUAAGUAAUUAUAGUAUGGCGCAACGAAUUCGACUGCCGGAAAGUUGAUGGGUGACUGUAUAGGGUGUAGAUACGUGGUAAAGAUACCAAAUAAAAUGUGGAAUGAGAUGAUGAU